ACAAGGCACCAACAAUAUUUAUGGAUUUGAUUCUAAGAGAUCCUUUGUUCCCUGUAUGAUAAAAAGGGUAGGACCUAGUGUUCUUUAACUUAUAUGAGCUAAAGUAAUCAAUCUUGUCAACUAGUUGGAAGGCAUGACCAUGUGGUUAUUGAUAUAUCAUUGUCUUUAACUGAUGCCCAACCCAAAAUGGCUCUUCACCACAAAUCAUGAGAUUUUAUGACUUUUCAUUUGCUUAUAUAAACAUGUAUUAAGAAGUUGCCACCACCACAACUCUCCAUAAUACUAUAAAAUUACUCAAAGCUUUCAGAAUCAUUACUAAUUCUUCUCUUCAUUUGCUCAUCUUAAAUAAAAGACCAUGGCUAUCCGCGUUCCUCGUAUAAUCAAGAAGUCUUCGACAUCCUUGGAUGUUCCCAAGGGCCAUUUUGCUGUUUAUGUUGGGGAAAAGCAGAGGAAGAGAUUUGUGAUACCUAUAUCAUACUUGAACCAGCCUUCAUUUCAAGACUUGCUAAGUCAAGCAGAGGAAGAAUUUGGCUUUGAUCAUCCAAUGGGUGGUGUCACAAUUCCCUGUCCAGAAGACAUCUUCAUUGGCAUCACUUCUCAGUUUAGGAUAUAAGAAUGUAGUUUACAUCAUUUUUCUCUUUUAGGUCUCAAAAAUUUUGUAUAGCAAAGCAGGAGAUCCAUAUUAUACAGUUGAUUAGUUGGAAGCUAAGUGAGGUUUAGCACCACAAAGAUUGGUGCUUUUUGACUCACAUAGACUCUAAUUCAAACAAUACAGAUAACAUAUUCGUUAAAAUUUCUUCAGUUAUUAGUUGGCCUGCGAUA